AUGAAACUGAAACAGCUCAUCUUCGCUGACUCUCGAGAUCCAUCCGCAUCCUGCAAAUGCUUCUCGCUGUCAACAGACGACAAGCUUCUGGCCGCAUCUUUUGGAAGUGGUGAUGUCCUCGUAUGGCGAAUUUCCGAUGGCCUCCUCGCUCAACGCCUGCAUCAUCAGGGCCAUACAGGACCUGUUCGCUCCAUCGCAUUUUCCCCCGACGAUCGCUCCCUUGUCUCGGGAUCUGACGAUGCAACUGCGAUCGUCUGGGAUAUUCGACAUGGUCGCGCACUUCUGCGUCUAGAAGGACAUCAUGGGCCGGUUAAGAGGGCUGCAUAUGCUCCUCAUGGCGUGCUCAUUGCCACCGCUUCCCCAGUCGCCCCGUUCGCGAAGAUUUGGGACGCCUUGACUGGAGCAUGUCUUCAUUCCCUCGACAUCAAGGGGUAUCCACUCCAGAUCUCUUUCUCCCCAAGUGGUUCACAUCUCUACAUCGACAUUAACUCCUGCUUCAUCUUCGAAACUCAAAAUUAUACGCACGUUGCUGAGUUGCAACAUGAAGACGGAGGCUGCGAGUCGUCAUUAUCUCGCCAAGGGGACCGUAUAGUCACUGCAUCGAUGAACGAUCAAGUGAAGAUUUGGAGCGCGUUGAAUGGCGAGGAGCUUCUCACAAUCGACCACCCGGAAAAACUCUCGUAUCCUGUGGCAUUCUCCCCAGACGGCACCGAAAUAUUGGCAGCUCGUGACGCAGAUAAUUCGGCAGUAACCUUCGACUCACGGACAGGCGAGCUACUUCGCGUCUACAAGCUCUCGGAGGUGUUGUGCUAUGCGUCAUACUCCACAUACGGAGAACGUGCUGCCUUUGCAUAUAGCACAGGGGAUCUUCAAGUGCGCGAUACGAAGUCUGGAGCAUUCCUUGCGAAGUUCGAGGCGCUCAGCCUGGAAGGUGACCGCAACGAAGGGCCUUGGUUUUCGUUCGGGGGUCAAAACUUUGUGGUUCGUUUCUCGGACGGACUUUCACUUCUGCAUAAUAUUCAGGAUGUAUUGCGAUUGAGAUAG